AUGUCCCCUGGUAGUGCAAACAAUUCGCGCUCGGUUCGGCGACAGGCGUCUUUCCUAUCACGGGUCCGCCCGAAAACUGCGGGAGCAGAACAGGGUGUGACUCGACCUUUGGAGCCCUUCCACCCGGCCAUAUGGGCACCAAGCGGAGAUGGGAGCUACAAGGAAACAGUGUCGCAUUUCUAUCACGAGCCCGCCAUCCCUUCAUGCGGUGAUACCGAACUGCACAGGCCGCCGAUUACCACGAACUCGGGCCCCCUUGUGUCGUCUAGCCCAAUUAUGGGAAGGCGACACCAUAGUAAGAGCAUUUCUUGUAUUCGACAUAGCGUGAGUGAGCUGCGAGCCGCGGUACGACGAUUCUCUUUCACGAUUCGCCACAAGUCACACAAGCAUACCUUGGAGGUUCCGCAGGAAAGGGGCUCCCUAGAGCCGUACCUGGAAGGCCAUUAUCGAAAGGAGUCAAAACAUGGCGGGCCUCGAGGCAAUUGCAUGCACCGCCAGUCGUUCAGCACGCUCCAUCCUUUAAACAGAUCCCAGUCCCAUACUCUCGGCAUUUCACCCCCAAUCCCUGCGAACACCCCUGACUUACCUCUCUUCCCUGAAGAAUUAUCCGGAGGAGAUGCAGCCCGUGCUGCUGCAGCCGCGCAAAAUGAGAUCAUCCGGCUGGAACGCGUGACAUCGGGAGCGGACACUCGAGGUUUUGAGAUAAUCCCGCGCCAUGACACGAAACCGUCGCUCGAUUCCGAAAGUGGGAUCGAAAUCAACAUUCAGGAUAGCAUCUGUGGCUCGGAAGAUGAUCUGGACGUUGUCCGGAAAGACCCAGUCGCAUACUUGCCUACGGAGUUAAUGUGCCAUGUUUUAUCCUUUUUGGAUGCCGAGUCAGUCAAGAAUGCGGAAUUGGUCUCCCAUGCUUGGAAUUCCCAGGCUUCUUCCCGCCAUGUGUGGAGAGAAGUCUUUCGGCACGAACACAGACACGGUUGUAGCACAGCGAGUUCUAAAGCCGGGAAAGCCCGGGCAAUGGGCCUCGGGAAAGUACGACCGAACCAGGACUGGAAGAAAAUGUAUGCCGUCCGUCGGGCUUUGGAAAGUCGGUGGAAACAAGGGAAGGCUGCAGCUAUUUACUUGCAUGGCCACAAGGACAGCGUUUACUGCGUCCAGUUUGACGAGAACAAAAUCAUCACAGGCUCUCGUGAUAGGACGAUUCGCGUAUGGGACGCUCAUUAUCCCUGGCCUUGCCUGAAGGUUAUCGGCGCCCUUCAAGAUAGAACUGAUAGCGCUCAAAUUGGGCCAUUGGCGAUUAACCCACCACCGGAUUCUCCCGGCAGCGCCCCAUUUAUCAGUAUCUGUCCGCCGGCGAAAUCUGCCAGUGAAGUAAUGAAGGAGGACCCCCAUGCCCAGGAUUACCACCGUGCCUCAAUUCUCUGCCUCCAGUUUGACGAUGAAAUAAUGGUAACCGGCUCAUCGGAUUUCACCUGUAUUGUGUGGGAUAUCAACAAUGAUUACAAGCCCAUCCGUCGCCUGGACGGGCACCGUGCUGGUGUCCUUGACGUGUGCUUUGACGAUAGAUAUAUCAUUUCCUGCUCCAAGGACACUACCAUUUGUGUCUGGGAUCGCCACACAGGAGAGCUCGUGAAGAAGCUUCUUGGACAUCGCGGCCCCGUAAACGCCGUCCAACUACGAGGCGACCUGGUCGUCUCGGCCAGCGGCGAUGGCGUUGCCAAACUCUGGAACAUUACAUCUGGUCUCUGCAUUAAAGAAUUCGCUAGCCGCGAUCGAGGCCUUGCAUGCGUGGAAUUCAGCGAAGAUGCGCGCACCAUCCUGGCCGGCGGGAACGAUCAGGUCAUCUACCAAUUCGACGCAAACACGGGCGAAUUGGUCAACGAACUAAAGGGCCACACCGGCCUCGUCCGGUCCCUUCACAUGGAUAAUGAACAUGGCCGCGUUAUCAGCGGUAGCUACGACAUGAGCGUCAAGGUAUUUGAUGCUAAAUCCGGAGAACUCUCUAUCGACCUUCCUGGCUGGACCACGAGUUGGAUGUUGAGUGCGAAAUCCGAUUAUAGGAGAAUCGUGGCGACCAGCCAGGAUUCCCGCGCUGUUAUUAUGGAUUUCGGGUAUGGGUUGGAUGGGAUUGAAUUAUUGGAGGAAUGA